AUGUCUGACGGAACACCCAGAAAUGACCACAGGUCACCGACACCAGAGGAACCGGUGGAAAGGAGGCGUUCGAUUCAAGAGGACACCGAGAAAACCACAGAAAAGCGAUCUCGGAACGAAGAAGCUGACGAUAGGGAUAGAAGACGAUCCAAAGACGACAAAAGAGUUGAAAGAAAUGGACGGAGCGGCGAAUCUCACAGAACCCACGACCGAGAAAGAAAGAAAAGAGAUCGGAGUAGGUCGAGAUCUCGAUCAAGAUCUCCAAAACGCUCAAAGCGUGAUAGAAAGGAGGAGAAGACGGAUCAAGACGCGGAGGACGGAGAGAUCCGCGAUACAACACCGCCCGUCGUUGAGAAGCCACGUGAGAUGACAGCAAGAGAGCUGGAACGGCAACGGAUUAUUGCGGAAGAGUUGAAGAAUGGUCAGAAUGAUGAGGGCGGAGAAGAGCCGGUUUGGUCGAUGAAGAAGGCUCAAGCUGAAAAAAAGAGCAGAACUUGUCCGUAUUUGGAUACUAUCGAUAGAUCCGUCUUGGACUUUGAUUUCGAGAAGCAAUGCUCCGUGUCGCUCUCCCAUCAGAAUGUGUACGCGUGCAUGGUGUGCGGAAAGUAUUUCCAGGGCCGCGGAACGAACACUCAUGCCUACACCCAUGCACUCGAAACCGAUCAUCACGUCUUCCUGAAUCUUCAAACGCUGAAAUUCUACUGUUUGCCCGACAAUUAUGAAGUCGUGGAUCCGUCGUUGGAGGACAUAAAAUAUGUGUUGAAGCCGACGUAUACGAAAGAAAUGAUUGCGUCCAUCGAUAAACAGGCGAGAAUGGUUCGAGCUUAUGACGAUUCGACUUACUUCCCUGGAGUCGUUGGACUCAAUAAUAUCAAGGCUAAUGACUAUUGUAAUGUCAUUCUUCAUGCGCUCUCCGCCGUCCGUCCUCUUCGUAAUUGGUUCCUGAAAGAGUCCAAUUACUUGGCAAUCAAACGACCGCCAGGAGAUAAGCUCACUCUCCUCCCACAGAGAUUCGGUGAGCUCAUCCGGAAGCUGUGGAAUCCGAGAGCUCUCCGUACCCACGUGUCUCCUCACGAAAUGCUCCAAGCGGUGGUCGUUUGUUCGAAUAAGAAGUAUCAAUUCAUCAAGCAGAAUGAUGCAUACGACUUCAUGCUUUUCCUGUUGACGACACUACAUACGGCACUAAAUGGAACCGAGAAAAGGGAGAGCAUCAUUUCCAAAACAUUCCGCGGAAAGAUGCGAGAAUACUCCCGUAAAGUCAUCCCAGCCGAAGACACGGACGAGGAGAAGUAUAUGAAGAUGCGAAUGCCCGACUACCAGGAAAGAGUCUCCGAGAAGCCGUUCCUCUUCUUAACUCUUGAUCUACCAGCGGCUCCUCUCUACCGUGACGUUCAACUUCAGAAUAUCAUCCCUCAAGUGCCACUCAGCACUCUCCUCGAGAAAUUCAAUGGAAAAACGGAGAAAGAGUACAGAACCUACAAUGACAAUAUUAUGAAGCGAUAUGAGCUGUUGAAGCUCCCCGAGUUCCUCAUCAUCUCCUACAAACGAUUCCAAAAGAAUCAGUGGUUCGUUGAGAAGAAUCCCACCAUCGUCAACUUCCCCAUCGUCAAUGUUGAUCUAUACGAGUGUUUGGCGGAGGAUGCGAGAGCCGAUAACAAGUACACAACGUACGAUCUUGUGGCAAAUGUGGUUCAUGAGGGGACUUUUGAAACUGGAAACUAUCGAAUUCAAAUCGUCCAUCAGGGUUCCGGAAAGUGGUAUGAAUUGGAAGAUCUGCACGUGAAGGACAUGCUGCCCCAGAUGAUCGUCCUUGCCGAAUCGUAUAUUCAAAUCUGGAGACUCAACAAGGAGAAGACGAGAGAUGAGAGAGGAGAGGAUGAUGAGGAACCGAUGGAGUCAUAA